GGGCCGUGCGUCAGCAUCGCGAGAAUUGACUCGAAUGCGGCGGCGGGAACCCAGCGUUAGGAACAGUUGGAGCAGUUAGAGGGGUGGGGGCUGGAAUCAUGGCGGAUCGCUACCGUCCAGACAGCGAGCCUACGACGCGCACGCUCUUGCAGCGCGUGCUGGAUACAGCGGACUUGCGCACCCCGCGGCGACGCCGGAGUAGACGGACUCUAGCCCAGAGAACCUUUCUUGAAUCACCGGCCUCCAAGAGGUUGAGUAGCCAAACAAAGACAACUACCAGAAGACGUUCCCAUGGUGCCAGGUCAGUUGUUAGACUGGCCCAUGUUCAAGCCAAUGGGGACCUGGAGGAACAGACACCCCGAACUCUGCUAAAGAAUAUCUUACUAACUGCCCCUGAAUCUUCUAUUGUGAUGCCAGACUCAGUGAUGAAGCCAGUUGAAGUCUCAAAAGUGGUCCAGUCCUCUAGACAGGAAAGCAGUCAGGGCAGCCUGGAGCUGCAGCUUCCUGAACUGGAGCCAUCCUUAACCCUGGCACCAGGUCUACCGGCCCCUGGCAAAAGAAAGCAAAGGCUAAGGUUGUCAGUAUUUCAGCAAGAAGUGAACCAGGGGUUGACUCGCUCACAAGAGCCACCUGGGAAUGCUGAUGUCUCAUCCCUCACUAGCUCCCUCAGCCUGACCUUUGCCACACCUCUUCAGCCACAGUCAGUGAAGAGACCUGGUUUGGCUCGAAGACCUCUCACCCGCCGGGCCGUCGAUAUAGGUGCCCUUUUGCAGGGUCUUCGAGAUAAUUCCUUGGCCUCAGCUCCUCCAGCAGACAUAGUGUUGGAGGAUACCCAGCCCUUCUCACAGCCCUUGGUUGGCUGCUCUCCCAGUGUGCAUCACUCCUUGCCCCACCCCUCUCACAUUGGGAUUGAAGACACUGAAAGAGCUGUGAGUCACAGGAGACAGAGCAUUGGGCCUGGACAGCAGAGCCACAUAUCUUUACCCUGCUCGGAGCUACAACCUCAACCUCCAGAGGUGACAGAAGCAGUUGGAUCCCAGGAGGUUAUGGAGGCCAGGAAGUCAAAAGAAUCUUCAGAGGAUGAGGAUACUUCUGGUAGGCCAGGGCCUGAAUUGGCCUCCAGCACUCCUGACUUACUCAAGACCAAGCAACCACAUCAGUUUCUUGAGCCACCAUCACUACCUCCUGGUGUUGCAGUCUUAUCUUCAGAGCCUCUGGAGUCUAUGCCAGUCAGGCUUCCCCCCAGGCCCCGAACUGCAGGCCCUAGGCACCACCAAGAUCCCUACAAAGCUGGACUGAGCUACUAUGCAAAACUCUUUAGCUUCUAUGCUAAGAUGCCCAUGGAAAAGAAAGCUCUUGAGAUUGUGGAGAAGUGCUUAGACAAGUAUUUCCAGCACCUUUGCAAUGACCUAGAGGUGUUUGCUGAUCAUGCUGGCCGUAAGACUGUGAAGGUAGAGGACUUGGAACUGUUGAUGCGACGGCAGGGCCUAGUCACUGACCAAAUAUCGUUGCAUGUGCUUGUGGAGCGGCACCUGCCCUUGGAGUACCGGCAGCUGCUGAUCCCCUGUGCAUUCACUGGCAAUUCUGUCUUCCCUACCCAGUAGUGCCUGUGCCUAAACACUUGCCAUGUCCCUGCCUUGAGUCCUUUGGCCCCACAUAAUCUUCAAGGUCUUCUCAUCUCCUAGCAUCAAUAAAGUCUCACACAUGGAUUGUUCUGAUUUUUGGUGC